GGCCAAAUAACUUUGCGUAUGAGGUUUAUCGAGGGCGGAUCUUCUGUACCCAUUUUUAAAGCCCAAGCCUCUCUCGACGAGAAAAAGCCCUAGCCUCCCUCCAGCUACCUCCACCGUCGCCUCGCCUGCGGCACCUCCCUCCGACGUUGUGUCCCUCCAGCAUCGCCGACCUUCCGCGGCGACAUCCCUCCCGCGGAACGUCGUCUCCCUCCCUGCUGCGUCGCCGACCUCCAGGGGCCUCCAACGACUUCCCUCACCUCCAGCCGCCUCCCUCCCGCGGCCUCCUCCUCCAACGUCGUCUCCCUCCCUGCUGUGUCGCCGACCUCCAGUGGCCUCCAGCAUCGCGCCAACCUCCCUCCUGCGACCUCCAGCCGCCUCCCUCCGACUUCCCUCACCUCCAGCCGUCUCCCUCCCUGGAUUAGCUGUCCAAAUCUUUCACUCUAUCUCGGAGACAAGUACUAAGCCCGGCCCAAUUUGUCUGGCCCGUUAAAAGGGAUGGUUCGAGACUUGAAUCAUCGAUGUGACAGUUGACACUCGAAGGUCUCACAGCGGCGGCAUCCAAUCCGGCGACGACUGUGGCGACCUUUCCCCGUCCUCUCUGCUGCUUCGCCUGAUAAUAUUUAUGGCCAUCAAUCGGCCCAGGAGGCGAGGUCGGCCACAGACCGUCCUUCCUCUUCAUAGCAGCUCUACCCGCAGCGGCGUCUCCUGCUGGUAUUGCGAUUUCAAGAUUCAUACAUUCAAUGAGGCAUUGUUUUCUCUUGGUCGUCGGUACUCUAGAUUCAUAAAGAUGUGGUUUACAGUGGGCGCUGCUUUCAGUUUGGUCACUCUGACUGGAGUUUCAUUGAUGCUUUUGUGGGAUUCAACCGAUGCUCUCACUCUUCCUCUAAGGACUUCUGGUUCUGGAGUUAAUGGUCUUUUACAGAGAUGGUUGUUUGGAACCACUUUUUUGUUUCCUCGGAGUGUAUCAAUCCUUGAUGCUAGCUCUAUGAUCAUUUCAACAAUGUUGUCAGUUGGUGUUCAUGAAUUUGGACAUGGAAUUGCUGCUGCAAGUGAAGGCCUGCGAAUUGAGUAUAUUGCAGUAUUUCUAGCCAUCUGUUUCCCUGGAGCCUUGGUUGCAUUCGACUAUGAUUGGUUGCAAAGUUUGCCUCAAUCUUCUGCCCUACGGAUAUACUGCGCUGGCAUAUGGCAUAAUAUCACAUUUUCUGCAGCAUGUUUCUUGACAUUGAUCUCACUUCCAGUGAUCUUGCAUCCCUUUUACCUAUAUGGUCAAGGUCCUGUUGUAUUAGCGGUGCCUAAAGUAUCUCCCUUAUAUGGGUAUUUAUCUCCUUACGAUGUUAUUGUGUCAGUCGAUGGAUCAAAUAUAAAAAGCCCUCAUGAAUGGAUCAAUAUCAUGGCCAAUUAUGACUCGCAAAUGCUUCCUGAACCUUCUGUAACAAAAGGUAUUCAAACCUUUGAAGCUCUUUCUCAUAUUAAAGGAUACUGUGUUCCUGAUAAUUGGAUCAAAGCAAGCAGCACUUCAUGUGGGGAUGAGUUGGCUGAUUUUGUCUACUGGCCUUGCAACAAUUCAAGACCAGUAUUUGAUAAUAUUAGAGAUGAGAUGAAUAAAUCAGAAAGUAAACAUUGUUUGAUUGCUAGAGAUGUGGUGAAGUGUAAAAAAUGUUGGAGUUGGAGUGACUCUAAUUUCAAUGGAAGUAUUGGAAGAGUUUGUGAUUGUUUGGAGAAUGAAACUUGCAUGACACCUGUUCAGAUUCCAGGCAUGUCAUGGGUUGAAGUUGCAUAUUCAAGCCCUUAUUCUUCACAGUGCUCUGAUUACAGAAGUAAUGCGUCAACGUAUAGUGAGAAUUUGGGUUUUGAUUCAACGUUUUGUGGAGGAACUUUUGUAUUUAUUGGUGAUGCCCUUUCCUUGGCACACUCGAUUCAUUUGUCUGCAUAUCAGCCCCGAUGGAUAUUUACCGCUUACAUGGCACAUAUGCCAGAUGUGCUUGAAAAGUUUCUAGCUUGUUGUUUUCGCAUUUCUGCUUCAUUGGCUUUAGUUAAUAGCUUACCGGUAUUCUUUCUGGAUGGUGAAUCUAUCUUAGAAAUUGCUCUUUGCUAUUUCACCUUUCUUAAACGAAGGCCACGACUUAGAUUCUUGCGGUUUUGCCUUGUCGGAGGAACAAUCUUGUCCAUCAUUUCCUUUUCCCGACUACUCUACUUCAUGAUAGUAGCCCGCGAAUAGCAUUUAUUCACAACUUGUCUAUUCUGUAAGUAUCAAUGUGUUUAUCAAAGACUAAAUUAGCAAUUAUGGGCUCAAUUAUGUGUGGGAACCUAUUUUUGGAAUAUGGGCAAGUUAAAAUUCAGUGUGAUGAUGCCAAUAUAAUGAAGACUCCACCUCAAGAACAUAAGGCUUUCAGUAAGUGUACCUCCAAAGGUUUUGGUAUUCUUAUAAUGCAAUCUACUUUGGAUACAGUUUCCCUCGAAUCAAAGUUUUGAGCGUGCCCUAGCUUUUUCUGGCUCUGUCAAUACACUGAUAUCAUUAUACCUUUUUGUUUUAUUUGGCAGCUUCGGCUAAUUCAUUAAGCCAACAGCUUCGAUCUUGUUACCAUCAAGGUUAGAGACAGGCACCUCCGGUUCAUCACAAAUCAGUAAUGAAAUUUGGCAUCUGAAGGAUUUAUUCAUCGUCUUCAGGCUUACUUGAAUUCUUUAUAUGGUGUCAGAAUCAGAAUCAGAAUACAGUUCCAAUUUGAUCAUCAGAAGAGAAAUGUUCAUACUUUUAAGAGGUUGUUCAUGAGCUCUUACAUCAGUGCUCUGUGACAUCUGAUUUAUUAACAGCUACCGAAUCUGCUUCUUCCAUGCUCAGGCAUUCCCACUGUAAAGAUUAGGAUGUCCAUGGGGACGAUAGCAUCAGGUGAGAAGACGAAUUGGAGACAAGGUUAGAGGAGCUUCCAGCAAUGAUGAUUCAUGGUGAGUUCUAGUGGAUUGUAUGAAUAAGGUCAAUUUAAAUUGUUCUAGACGUAAAUUCCUUAAAAUAUUCCAGUGAGUUAUCUAUCCAUAUUUUAUCAUGGGGCUGGUGAUAUUGGACUGUUUGGGAUUAGCGAUAUUUCCUUUUUCUCCAA